UCCCACAAGUUACAAAGUCGUCUCUGAGCUCUGAGUCGCUGAACGGCUCCGGAUCAGAACCUGAUCAGAUGUUUAGUUUAGUGUCCAGGUAACCGACAGGUAGCCAUCGUUGUUUCACCUUGUUAUUUUCCGUCCAGGUGCUUCAGAGGAUUCUGACCAAACCCUCACAGCUUCAGGGACCUUCUGGGUUUCUCAAACAUCUUCGGUAUUUAUCUUCUACUCACAAUGACGUCCAACAGUUUGUUCACUCACGAGACACGAACUGCUUCAUGUGUGUAGAAUGAAUCUGAGACAGCGACUGUAACGUCUCUGGUGUCUGGAUCACAGAGCAGCAGCGUCAGUGUAUCUUCAUGCUGUUUAAAGAUGGUAUUUUCUCUCACAGUGGAGUUUAAACCUGCUGGUGUCGUGCUGUGAAGUGUUUUAACCUCAACUUCUCUCUGUCAGUACGAGCACCUCAGGUUGCGUCAGUGCGUCAGCUCUCACUUCUGUCACAGUAACAGGAUAUUUUUAGUUCCUUCUGACUUCCUCUUACAGGAUUUCUUGUGGUUGCUGGUUUAGUUUGAGGAGUUGAGGACUUCAGCCUGAGGAUGUGGCAGCAGACCGACUGCUUCUGUGUCAUUCUGUCAGCGAUCAUCACAGGGUCUCUCUCAGUUUCCUGGGACAUGAAGGUGUCUCCGGUGGUCUCUGUCCCCAGAGGAGAGGACGCCGUCCUCAGCUGCUCCUUCACCCAUCCCAGACAGCAGGACUACUCCGGACUGAUCACUGUGAAAUGGAUCGCCAGAGAAACAAACGCUCUCCCGUUCUUCAAGUGUUCGGUAAGAAAUGACUCCAUGGAGGAACUCAAAGACUGUUCAGGUUCUGAAUUAAAACAUUCCCUGAGGGGAGAUCCUCGACAGGGAGAUCUGUCCCUGGUCAUAAGGAAGGUUCAUGUGGCUGAUAGCGGGCCGUACUUCUGCAGAGUGGAGCUGGACGGCUGGAGGCAGAAUCAACAAGGAGAGACACGUCUUCGUGUUACAGUUAAACCUCAGAUCCUGAGCCUCUCUGUGGUUGAGCUGAGCUCAGACAGCACCACCCGCAGGCUGCAGUGUGAGGUGGAGGGCAACCCGCCGCCCAGCAUCACCUGGCUGUCAGCCUCCAGAGGCCUGCUGACAGACCAGGUCUUUACCUCUGAGGUGAACCUGGAGAAGCUGUACAGCUCUGUGCCGUACGUGGAGGGGGAGGUGUUCACCUGCAGGGUGGAGAACAUGCUGGGUGGAGCAGAGAGGAGAUAUCCAGCUGAUAAUACUCUGAUCAUAACUCUGAGUGUGUGUGGCCUCAUCGUCCUGCUGCUGCUGUGUGCAGGAAUCAUCUGCUGCAGGAGGAGACGAGUGUUGAGUCGUCGGCUGCAGGUUGACGGCGAGCUUCAGCUGGUUUACACCACAGUCAGUCCAACGACUCAACAUGAGAGUCUGAAAAGCUCAAACUCACGACACCUGGAGGAGGAAGGUGUCGUCUAUUCUCCCGUCAACGUUCAGUAGACAGCGAGGAGCGAAGAAUCAUCUGUUUCCUCUCUGUUGCCUGCAGCCGUCAGUGAGUGAAGCUUUAAGGAUCGACACUGUUCUUCUGUUCAGAUCGAAGACAAGUUUACUGACUCAUCUCGUCUGUUUUAAUCUUCUGGUAUCAGGUUGUUUGUUAGUAAUAAUCUAUAGAGUCUCCUGUAAAUUACAUGUAUGAAGUCGUUCAGUGUCGUUUGUGUUGAAUUCUCAGGUCUUAUAUUGUGAUGAGAGACGCUGAGUGUGUUGUUCUGUAUUUUUCAGGAACAAAAGUCCUUCAACAUCAGGUCGUGUUGAUGCUGUAAAAAUAUAACUGUUGUAUUUCCUGUCAGAGUUUUGACACUGAUCAGAGAGAAGCAGGAGCAGAGCUGGAUGCUUCAUCUGUCGAACUGGUUCUGCAGCCUGAAGCUCAGAAGUGCAGAAAUAAUCUUCCUGUCCGGACGUCAUCAUCCGUCUUCUCACCUCUUUUAUUUUCUCUCUCUUCCUGUUUUUGUCUUGCAUCGUGUCAUUCUCGUGUGACUCCCUCUUGUCGAUGAGUCUGUGGUGUGAAAACCACACCGACGUUCAGAAGACAAAAGGCUGUGAAGUUUGUUCGUGCUGCAAAGAAACUUUCAUCCAGGUGGAUCGAGUGUUUGAGGAUUCUGGACAGAACAACAGUUGAAAAAUGAAAAUGUAUUUAAAAGAGCAACUGUGACUUCUUCUUCUUCUUCUUCUUCUUCUUCUUCUUCUUCUUCUUCUUCUUCUUCUUCUAUUUAUAUGAUUGUACUGUGUAAUAUAAACUCAAACAUCAAAUACAGAAAACAUUGAAUAAACUAAGUCAAACAAACUA